AUGCGCGGGUUCGUAUGGCUAGAUAAGCCUGUAAAACGAAGCGCAGACGAUAAGCAAUUCCUUCCUUCCGUGAAAAUAUCGAGUAAUACAUCGAAAUUCAAGUACAAAAACUCGAUCGGUGAUCGGUCCGCGAUACGAAUGUCUCGAAUAGUAUCAGAAACAGUGAGACUGGGGUUGGAUGAUGUUAGGUGGAUUGUUUUGGGGGAUGAUGAUACUUUUUUCUUUGCUGAGAAUUUGGUUAGGGUUUUGUCAAAAUAUGAUCAUAACCAGUUUUAUUAUGUUGGAAAAUCAUCAGAAACUCAUAAGCAGAAUAUACAUUUUUCUUAUAAUAUGGCUUAUGGGGGUGCUGGUUUUGCCAUAAGUUAUCCAUUGGCAAAAACCCUAGAAAAAAUGCAAGAUAGAUGUUUACAUAGAUACCCUAAAUUGUACGGCUUAGAUGAUAGGAUUCAAGCUUGCAUGGCUGAACUUGGAGUUCCACUCACCGUUGAAAUGGGAUUUCAUCAGUUGGAUAUUUAUGGCGAUGCCUUUGGGCUCUUGGCGGCCCACCCAAUUGCACCACUACUCUCUCUCCAUCAUCUCGAUGUGAUAGAGCCCAUUUUCCCCAACACGGGCCGGAUCCAAUCCCUUCGACGUCUCAAAAUGCCAAUGAAGCUCGACUCAGCUGGGCUCAUGCAACAGUCCAUUUGCUACGACAGUGCCCAAAAUUGGACUAUAUCGGUGUCAUGGGGCUACGCGACCCAAAUUUUUCGUGGCAUAGUUCCGGCCCGCAAAAUGGAAAUUCCUUUAAGAACCUUUGCCAAUUGGUAUAGAAUGCAUAAUGAAGACGGCUUCUCAAUGAAAACUAGACCUCUUAGCACAAAUGCAUGUCAUAGGCCUUUUGUGUAUGUACUGUCCAAUGCCAUAUAUAAUCGGGCAACUAAUCGAACAGCAAGCGAAUAUAUUCAGACUCAUUAUUCAGACUCAGAAUGCAACUGGAAGGAGACGACUGAUCCUUCUCAUGUUUGGAGAGUGGAAGUAUACAAAAUGCGUGAUCCGAAUUUCUGGGACAAGCCUCCUAGAAGAAACUGCUGCAGAGUGUUGCCAUUAACAAAGGAAGGAACAAUUGCAGUUGACAUUGGUGAAUGCAGGGAAGGAGAAAUUAUUGAAUUGUAG